GCGCGAUAUCACGUACAACCCCUCUUCCAAACGCCGGCUCCACGCGACGCGGGAUGUUGAUGUGAAUAGUAUACAUUUAAAUGGAUUGGAGGAUGAUAUUUCUUGCUGUGGCUUUUAUUAUCGGUGUUCGGGCGCAAAACCAGGGUCCUGUGUUUCUGCUGGAACCACCGGCCCAUCUCACCUUCUCCAACACGACGGGAUCUCAAGUAAGCUGCUCGGCGCACGGCUCGCCAACACCGCAGGUCGACUGGUUGUUGCAGGACGGCCAAACUGUCACAGCAGUACCGGGAUUAAGACAAUCCCUUGGUAAUGGAACUCUGUACUUUCCGCCUUUUCGCGCUGAGGAUUACCGGAAAGACGUCCAUUCCACAGUUUAUAGAUGCAGAGCAUCUAACGCUGCAGGAACCAUACUGAGCAGAGAAGUUGUAGUUCAAGCCGUGGUAAAUCAACACUACGAAGUGGCUGUCUACCACACUCACGUAUCAGCCGGAAAUACAGCAGUAUUGGGCUGUGUAAUUCCAGCUUUCGUUAAGGAACACGUAACAGUAACGUCCUGGUCUCGGGAUGAGUCGAUUCUUCUUCCUGGAUCCAAUAUGGGGGGCAGAAUUGUUGUUACUUAUGGCACUGGAGAAUUGCACAUCAGGUCUGCUAGAGCAGAGGAUGGACUUUCGAAAUACUCAUGCCUCACACUACACUCUUUAACUCAAGAAAGAAAGAGAAGUGCCCCUGCCAUCCUAACCGUCACAGAUCCAACUAGAAGUACAGCACCCCGACUAGCUCCUACAAUCCAAGCUACCGUCUCCGCUGAAGGCGAAACGGAUAUUCACUUGACUUGCUCAGCGCAAGGAAAUCCUCCGCCAAUAUUUAGUUGGUUUCGUGAAAUAAACGGUCAACUUCAGCCGGUGCAUUCAUCAUCGAGAUAUGAGCCAUCUCAAGAUAUACUUUAUAUAAGAAGAGUAAAGCCAAAUGAUGCUGGACGAUGGACUUGUAAAGUAUCUAAUAAUUUUGGGGAACAACGUUUGGAUAUCCACUUGUUUGUAACAGCUCAUCUGAACGUCCACAUCCUUCCGCAGCUACAAGUGAUAAAUUCUGGGGAGAGCGCUCUUUUCAAUUGUUCGGUAUCUGGUUCGCCAGUGCAACGUAUUCAAUGGUACAGAAAUGGAGAGCCGCUGUCGGUGGACGAAAGUGGAAAUGUUAAACUCCUAAGCCCUCUGGUUUUGGCCGUAAGCGAAAUUACUAGACACGACCGCGGGAUGUAUCAAUGUGUUGUCCAAAACGAUAGAGAAAGCGCCCAGGGCAGCGCCGAAUUACGAUUGGGAGACACGGUGCCAGAGCUACAGUACACUUUCAUCGAACAGGCCAUGACUCCGGGUCCUCAAGUAUCCCUUAGAUGCUCCGCCACUGGUUCACCGCCACCCCGAUUCCGCUGGUUAUUGGACGGCGAACUCUUAAACGACAUUAAAUUCGGACACAGAUAUGCCAUCAGUCAGUACGUGGACAAGACCGGCGACGUUAUAAGUCAUUUAAACAUAAGCAACUCGCGUGUGGAGGACGGAGGACUGUACAGUUGCAGAGCAUUAAAUUCUCUGGGAUCGACUGAUCAUUCGGCAAGACUGAAUAUAUACGGUCCGCCGUUCAUCCGUUCGAUUGGACCAAUAAAGGCGGUCGCCUCUGCUGAUAUUACCCUGCACUGUCCGUAUUCCGGUUAUCCUAUCAACGGCGUCAAAUGGGAAAGACGUGGACAAGAAUUGCCAAUCGAUCUAAGGCAUCAGUUAGUGGAAGGUGGGGCCCUAACGAUAUCGCGUUUGGAUCCAUUGAUAGACUCCGGUUUCUACACUUGCACAGUAACUAAUAGGGAGGGAGAAUCGGCCCGAAGAGACAUUGAAAUAAUAGUGCACAGUCCCCCGGUUUUGGAACCGUUUUCUUUUCCAUCCAGUCUGCAGGAGGGCGGCAGGGCUCAGGUGACCUGCUACGUCACAUCUGGCGAUCUACCCAUACAUUUUUCCUGGCACAAGGAUAACGAUCCCAUCUCGGCCUCACUUCAGGUUGAGGAACGUGCUGCGGAAUUCUACAGCAUGUUAAUAUUUAAAGAAGUAUCCUCAAGGCACAGCGGUGCGUACACUUGCAUGGCAAGUAACUCUGCCGCGAGGGCAAAUUACACCGCCCAUCUGAUUGUUAAAGUCGCUCCGCAGUGGCUAAAGGAACCUCAGGACGUUUCGGUGCUUUUGGGUCAUCCAGUUCUCGUCGACUGUCUCGCCAAAGGAUCUCCCGAGCCUCAAAUUACAUGGCUUAAAGGACAGGGUAAAAUUUCCACGGAUUAUCAGCCGCUAUUAAGCUUUCAUAGCAGAGCCGCUCUCCUGGCGAACGGUUCCAUGUGGUUGGAAUCUGUGAGUUCCCAGGACGAAGGGCAUUACUUGUGCAGGGCCACAAACGAUAUUGGAUCCGGCCUGGGAAAAGUGAUAUAUGUCGGUGUUAAUGAACCGGCGCGCUUCGAUUUAGCGACGAAAAACGUGUCGACGAAAAGGGCCACUUCGGCGGUAUUGAUGUGUCAUGUGUACGGAGAUAAUCCGAUUGAAGUACUGUGGACUCUAAACGGCAACCGCAUCGAUAUGAAUAAUUAUCGGUACACGGUGAGUAAUAGCAAAACGGAAAACGGGAUGAAAUCGGUGGUGACAAUCAGCAGAACUGAUCGCGAAGAUUCCGGGGUGUAUAAAUGUCUGGCAGAAAAUGCGUUCGGUCGUAGCGAGCACGUUAUCAAUCUGGCCGUUCAAGAGAGGCCUGAUCCUCCCAGUAUGUUAGAAGUUGUCGAAGUAUCAAGCCGAUCAGUUAAACUGGCAUGGAGGCGGCCAUUCGAUGGCAACAGUGCCGUCAUUGGAUACUUGCUUCAGUAUCAAGUAUUAGGCGCCAACCCAGCUGAUUGGGACCAAUCUGCCGUCUACAAUCUGACAAUACCGGCUAAUCCAGAUGUCAAUUCCGAGCACACAAAUACCCAAAUACAAAGAGAAGAAACUGCCAUUGGUGGCCUACUGCCCGCCACCGUUUACACAUUAAGAAUGCUUGCCGUCAAUAAUAUAGACCAAAGUCCUUUCACCGAGUCAAUUGUAGUUAAAACGCAAGAAGAGGAACCAGCAGAAGCCCCAAAAGACAUCAGAGUUGAGGCGGUGGGCGCAGGAGAGCUAUUUUUAACGUGGCUCGUACCGCCUAGAGAGAGCUGGAACGGAGAACUAUUAGGUUACAUUGUAACUUGGAACGAACAAGCCCAACCGAACCAAACGAAAAGUAUGACAGUUAAAGGCUGGGCUACCAAUAAACUCCAAUUGACAGGCCUAAAGAAAUUUACGCGCUACGAUAUAACAUUACGUGCCUUCAAUAGCAUCUCGACUGGACCAUCAUCGCCGGUGAUAACCGGCACUACCAAAGAAGGUGUUCCUGAGGCACCCCCUCAAGAUUUAUUAUGCUCUGAAAUAUCCUCGCAGAUUAUGAAGAUUUCCUGGUCUCCGCCACAGAAUCAUUACCACGGUGGACACAUACUGGGCUACAAGAUUUUUUAUAGACCACUAUCCAACGAAAAUGAUUUAGCUACAACAGGUGAAGUGAAAAGGACAUCAAGUACUGAAACCUAUUUACAUGGACUGCAUAAAUAUACAAAUUAUUCAAUUAAGGCCUUAGCUUAUACAGGGGCAGGAGAUGGUGUUAUAAGCCACCCUAUAAUAUGUACAAGUGAACAAGACCUUCCAGGUCCGCCAGCGAACAUAAAGGCUGCAGCCUUAACGGGGGAAUCAAUUCUGGUGUCUUGGUUAUCGCCAGCGAAACCAAACGGGCGCAUAAGUCAUUACACUAUAUAUUAUCGCGAAGCAGGACGCGUGGGAAAGCACACCAACUAUAACGUCCGUGUGGAAGACAUGACGUCCCACGGGCUCAACUACGAAGUCAGAAAUUUGGUUGAACAUCAGUUAUACGAAUUUUGGAUAUCCGCCACCACCGGCAUAGGCGAGGGCGAGCCCACGGCUAUCAUAGCCCAGGCUACCAACUCCAGGGCUCCCUCGAGGAUCGCUUCUUUCAGCCAAACGUUACAUAAACCUGACAAAUCGAAACUAAUCAUGCCCUGUUUCGCCGUCGGUAAUCCCACCCCAAGAACUAGAUGGAUACACAGAGAACGACCGAUUACUUUCAGCCCCUACUUUGAAGUCACGCCAGAUGGGAAUUUAAAAAUAUUUAGUGUUGAACAAUCUUUGGCCGGGAAUUAUAGUUGUUCCGCCAAAAAUCUUUUUGGCGAGGACGAGAUAACCUACACGCUUGUGGUGCUGAUGCCUCCCAAUUCCCCCAAUUUGGAAGUGCAAUUUACUACUGCUUCUAGUAUAAGGCUGCAUUGGACACAACCGGAAGAUGGUGGCGCAAUGAUACAAGGCUACACUUUAAAUAUGAAAUACGAUAACAAAGACUGGACGUCAAUUGAUCUUUCCCCAGAGCAGAUCAUUUACACGUUGGACGGGCUCAAGUGUGGCUCAAUGUUUCACAUUUACCUCCUUGCUCAUAAUAGAGUUGGCAAGGGGAGUCCCAGCCCCAUUAGGACUGUUAGUACAAAAGGAGGCCCGCCGCAAGUGCCGAAGGAAAAGGACUUCAUAACCACCAACUCAUCCACUCUGCAGCUGAAUUUGUACAACUGGCCGGACGGAGGUUGUCCGAUUUUGCAGUUUUCCGUGCAGUAUAGGAUGUAUGGGGAGAAAGGGUGGAAUUUGAUUGCGAGAAGCGUUUCUGAGGAAAAAAUCGUCGUACAUGACUUGAUACCGAGUACUUGGUACCAAUUGAAGAUAAGCGCGGAAAACGACGCCGGGAUUGUGAGCGAGGUUUUUCAUUUUGCCACAACGUCACUUGCUGGAGAAAAAAUUCCCCGACCUCCGCAUCUUGGAAUCGAAACACAGGAAAAAGGCGCUGUUAAAAAGGCUUACAUUGUGGGACUCGGCAUUUUGGGGACCGUCAUUUUAAUCGUUUUGCUUUGGUUUAUUUUCUUCAGAAGAAAAGCGACCUCUCAACAUGAGAGUGAAGGUGCGAAUGAGUCCCAGGACGACAAGACGGUCGAAAGGGACAACAGAAGAAAUUGUCAGCAGGUUUAUACGUCAUCUCCUGUUAAGUCCUCGGAUAAAAUGCUGGAUGAGGCAUCAGAUUAUACCAUGCAAUUCAAGACAUUCGGACAUAUCGAGGACGAAGACCACAAUGGAUUGUAUCCGAAGAGUACAAGCUCCAGCAAGCAUAGCUGGCAAAAGCAUCGCUACUACAAUGCCGCUACGACUCAAAUGAAAACCCCUCGGAUGCGCCCGAACCGGAUGGCGCAGUCGAGCAGAGGCCCUGGCGGCGACUCGGGCGAUUCCGACGAAACGAGCGGCAGCCCUUGCGGCGAGUGCCCGUCGAGCUCGAACUACCGGGUGCCGGUGAAAGGCGGCUUAGGUGAGCGCGCAGCUGCAGCUGGCUACGGCGGUUACGAAACGUUGCUCGUUUCAGAUCUGUUUCGGCGCGACUCGAGCACGGAGUCCAACGACGUGUCGCCGAUGACGGAGCGCCGGCACACGCCCAAACAUGUCGUCGCCAGCACAAGGCUCCACAGAACCAGCAGGUAGCCAAGGUAUUCUUUUUCAUCUAUGUCGCAUGUUUUCGCUACCUUUCUUUACGUUUUAAGCCAAGUGCUUUGGUGCGUUGAUUGGCAUGCUAUUUAUUGUCAGCUCAAGAGAAUUAUUUGAUUAUAAGCAUGCCUUACUGUACAUUGUAGCAAAUUUAUGGUUCAUAACCCUGAUUUUAUUGUGCGUCGUCGUAGUAUAAUAAAAGGUCAAUAAUCGGGAUAUUAUGUUAAUCUUAUAUCAUAAAAGCAAUAACAUUUUA